UCUUUCCCUCCCCCACCGCGGAGUCUGCUGGGAGUUGUAGGCCAGGCUUGGUUCCCGGUCGACCUCUCUGCUUCUCCUCCGCUCUGCCCUUGGCUUCGCCAUGUUCCCAGUCGGUCGUUUUCUCGCCCGCGCUUUGGUUUUGGGGUCCCGGUCCCCGUCCCGUCAUUAUGCCGAAGCGGCGGCAGCUGCUGCUACGGGCCCUGCACAGCUGGCCUUCACCUUCGCCUCGCCCUCUCAGGUUUUUUACAACGCUGCCAUUGUGAAACAGGUGGAUGUUCCCACCUUAAGUGGAUCCUUUGGCAUCUUGGCCUCUCACGUUCCUACUCUGCAAGUCCUGAGACCUGGCAUUGUAACCGUCUUUGAUGAGGAAGGCUCCUCCAAAAAAUAUUUUGUGAGCAGCGGUUCCCUCACUGUGAAUGCAGAUUCCUCAGUCCAGCUGUUAGCUGAAGAAGUGGCUUUAUUGGAUCAGCUCGAUGCUGCGACAGCUAAGUCAAACUUGGACAAAGCAUUGUCAGAACUCACAUCGGCCACCAACGAGGUAGCGAAAGCAGAAGCCCAGAUCAAUGUGGAAGCCAACGAAGCACUUGUGAAAGCUUUGGAGUGAGCAGGAAAUUCCACCACUGUUGCUUCAGAAGUGGCUUCCUUAAGUUCUGGACCUCUCCUCAUCCUUCCCUCUCUUCUUUUGGUCUGUACAGAAUUUGUGAAUAAAGCUUGACAAUGAACUGUUACUGAUUAAAGCAGAAGGUUGGGCCAA